AGUAGUUGUGGCAUGCGGGUUCAGUAGUUGUGGCUCGCGGGCUCUAGAGCGCAGGCUCAGUAGCUGUGGCGCAUGGGCUUAGUUGCUCUGCGGCAUGUGGGAUCUUCCCGGACCAGGACUCAAACCCGUGUCCCCUGCAUUGGCAGGCAGAUUCUUAACCACUGAGCCACCAGGGAAGCCCUAAAAAAUAGUUUGGGAGCAAAAUGAUGAGAUACUCUUUUAAAACAAGGAUGAGGAGGUCCGCACAGUCCGGUUAAGCGAUGCUGUGAGGAAAUAGGCCUUCCAUUCUGUUGUUGGAAUAUGAAUUGGCGCACCCUCUUUGGGGGACAAUCUGUCUAUAUCAAUUUUCCCCAAAACAUUUUUAGUGAAGAAUUUCAAACGUACGGAAAAUUUCAAAAACCUGUGCAGUGGACAACCACAUACAACACUUAGAUUUUACAAUGUAUAUAUUUUUGUAUAUUACAUAUAUGUAAAAUAUGUGUGUGAUAGUGCAAGUAUAACAAAAUGUUGACAAUUGUAAUUGACAUAUAUAAAAAUAUGUUUAUUUAUAUCCACCUAUAUAUAAACAUCCAUCCAUAUAUAUUCAUCUAUCCAUCCAUCAAGCCAUCUUAUAUGUAUAUUUAUUUUCUGUCUUAUAUUUUGAUGCAUUUCAGAGUAAAUUGCAGACAUCAGCACACUUCAUCCCUAAACAUUUCAUCAUACAUACCAACUAGAGUUCAAUAUUUCUUUAUGGUUCUUUUUUUUUUUUUUUUAGGUAAAAUUUACCUACAGUGAAACACACAGAUUUUAAGUGGACCAUUUGAUGUGUUUUUGACAAUGCACACCUUUGGAAUCCAAACUCCUAUAGAGAUAUAGGACAUUCCCAUCACCCAGGAAGCUCCUUUCGGCUCCUUCCCAGUUAAUCCCCAUCCCGCAUGAGCCCAGGCAGUAUUUUUUUUUGCUGUAGAUUAGUUUCGCUGGUUCUAGAACAUCAUAUAAAUGGGAUCGUACAGCAGAUCCUCUUUUAUGUAAGACUUCUUUCACUGAGCAUAAUGACGUCCAUGAGUCACCCAUCGUGUGUGUGUGUCAAUUGUUCGUUCCUUUUUACUCCUGCGUAGUACUCCAUUGUCUGAAUAUGUCAGUUUAUCGAUUCCCCAGUUGCUGGACAUUUGGGUUGUUUCCAGUUUGGGACUGUUACAAAUAAAGGUGCUAUAAACAUUCUUUUUCUGAGGUAUUUUUGAGGACGUGUUUUCUCUUGGGUCACUUGAUGGGCAGGUACGUAGACAGAAUGUAUGCAGACCCUCACCCUGGGGCCCGUGGUCUAUUUUAACUUUGGUACAUGACACGGUGAUGAGCAUGUGCUCCGUGGAGUGCACAGUGGGAGGUGUGAGAAGGUAGCUAGUGCUCUGGGACAGAACCAAGGAAGGCCUCCUGGAGGAGGGGGCCUUGGUGCCAACACAGCUGGGUUUAGUGGGAGGACCAGGGGCUCUGGGUCAGACACGCCUGCAUUCCAGUCUUAUUCCCAUGGAAGAAAGAUUCCUGGUGGUGGGGGGACUCCCCUGGUGGUCCAGUGGUUAAGAUUCCACACUUCCGCUGCAUGGGGCAUGGGUUUGAUCCCUGGUCAGUGAACUAAGAUCCUACAUGCCAUGCGGUGCAUCCAAAAAAAAAAAAAAAAAUCCUUGUGAGUCUUGCUUUCCUCAUCUGUAAAACGGGGAUAGUGGCACUGCAGGAUGUGAUGGAAUAACGGUGCCUCUUUUGUUAAAUGAUGUUCUUUUCUCUUCAGGCCUGGCUCCCCUGGCCACCUUCAACGUGGACAUGCUCCGGACCUGGGUGACUCCCAAGGGAGACGUCCCCUACGUGCUCAGCUCACUUCUGCAUCAGGACUCCAGCACCAACCAGACCUGGCUCCUGGUAACCAGCCCCAGAACCAGCAGGACGGCAGGGCCCCUGUAUCAGUGUUCCCUCAUUCAGGAUGAGCUCCAUUGCCAGCCAGCAGAGAAUGUCCCCAUCCCAAAGGGGAGGUACCGUGGAGUGACAGUUGUCCGGAACCACCAUGGUGUUUUGAUCUGCAUUCAAGUGCCGACCCGGUGGCCCCAGAGCCUCAGCUCACAGCUCACAGGCAACUGCAUCCUGCUGGCCCCUGACCUCCGUCCCCGUGCCCAGGUCUACUUCUCCGACCUUGAAAAAUUACUGGACCCUGAUGCCCCUGUGGAUGCUGGAGACUGCUCCAGGAACAAAAAAGGCAGCACGGAGAACACAGCCAGGCAGCGGCGGGAUUUGAAGGUGGAGGAGGAGGAGGAGACAGAGGACGAGGACGAGGAGGCAGCUGGCACUGAGAUCGCCUUCAUCCUGGAUGGCUCAGGAAGCAUCGAUCCCCCGGACUUCCAGAGAGCCAAAGACUUCAUCUCCAACAUGAUGAAGAACAUCUACGAGAAGUGCUUUGAGUGCAGCUUUGCCCUGGUGCAAUAUGGGGAAGUCAUCCAGACAGAGCUGGACCUUCAGGACAGCCAAGACGUUACAGCCUCCCUCGCCAGAAUCCAGAACAUCACUCAAGUGGGGAACGUCACCAAGACUGCCUCUGCCAUGCAGCAUGUCCUAGACAACAUCUUCACACCAAGCCGUGGCUCCAGAGAAAAGGCAUCCAAGGUCAUGGUGGUGCUCACCGACGGGGACAUAUUCGGGGACCCCCUCAACCUCACAACUGUCGUCGACUCCACAAAGAUGCAGGGUGUUGAGCGCUUUGCCAUCGGGGUGGGAGAUGCAUUUAAUAAAACUAGGGCGUACAACGAGCUGAAGCUGAUCGCCUCGGACCCCGAUGAGGACCACGCCUUCAAGGUGACCAACUACUCAGCGCUGGAUGGGCUGCUGAGCAAACUGCAGCAGAGCAUCAUUAGCGUGGAAGGCACGGUCGGAGAUGCCCUCCACUACCAGCUGGCACAGGUCGGGUUCAGCGCCCAGAUCCUGGACGAGGGGCAGGUGCUGCUCGGUGCCGUAGGGGCCUUCGAUUGGUCGGGGGGCGCGCUGUUCUACAACAUGAGCAGCCGCAAGGGCCGCUUCCUGAACCAGACGGCAGUGGAUGCCAAGGCUGUGCAGUACAGCUACCUGGGUUACUCGGUGGCUGUGCUGCACAAGGCCUGUGGCCUCUCCUAUGUGGCAGGGGCUCCACGGCACAAGCAGCAAGGGGCUGUGUUUGAGCUCCGGAAGGAGGGCAGAGAGACCAACUUUGUACCAGUGCUGGAGGGCGAGCAGAUGGGGUCCUAUUUUGGCUCUGAGCUGUGCCCUGUGGACGUCGACAUGGAUGGGACCACAGACCUGUUGCUGGUGGCCGCCCCGUUUUACCACGUUCAAGGCGAGGAGGGCAGAGUCUAUGUGUACCGUGUGAACAAGCAGGAUGGUUCCUUCUCCUUGGUACGCACGCUGAGUGGGCACCCCGGGUUAACUUAUGCGCGAUUUGGCUUUGCCAUGGCGACGGUGGGGGAUAUCAGUCAGGAUCAGCUCAUAGAUGUGGCCAUCGGGGCCCCCCUGGAAGACUUUGGGGCAGAUGAUGGCGUAGGCUUCGGCAGCGUGUACAUCUACAAUGGACGCUCUACCAGCCAGCUGGUCGACCUCUCUACCAACCAGCCACAGAGGAUCAGAGCCUCAGUGGCGGCCCCAGGACUCCAGUACUUCGGCACAUCGGUGGCAGGUGGCUUAGAUUUCAGUGGCGACGGCCUUGCCGAUAUCACUGUGGGCGCCCUGGGCCAGGCGGCUGUGCUCCGCUCAAGACCUGUGGUUCGUCUGAAGCUGUCCAUGACCUUCACCCCCAAGGCACUGCCCAUUGGCUUCUACAGCAGCGUGAAUGUGAAUUUGUGUUUUGAAAGCAGCUAUGUGUCCCCAGCUGCUGAGUCAGGCCUCAGAGAGACCUCUCUGAACUUCACUUUGGACGUGGAUGUGGUGAAGCAGAGGAAAAGGCUGCAGUGUUCAGAUGAGAGGCUGUGUCAGAGCUCCCUUAGGGAGUGGGGCACGGGCCCCCGUCUCUGUGAGCCCUUCCUGCUGGUUCCCGCAGAGGGACAGCUCUGUCAGGAGGACUGCUUCUCCAACAUCAGUGUCAAGGUCAGCUACCAACUCCAGACCCCCAAGGGCCGGAGGGACCAUCCCCAGCCUAUCCUGGACUUCUAUGCUGAGCCCUCUGCCAUCUUCCAGCUGCCCUACGAGAAGGCCUGCAAGAAUAAGCUGUUUUGUGUCGCCGAGCUACAGCUGGCCACCACCCUCUCUCAGCAGGAAUUGGUGGUGGGUCUCACGAAGGAGCUGAGCGUGGACAUUCGCCUAACUAACUCUGGGGAAGAUUCCUACAUGACAAGCAUGGCUCUGAACUACCCCAGAAACUUGCAGUUUAAGAGGAUACAGAAGCCUCCUUCUCCAAACAUUCAGUGCGAUGACCCUAAGCCAGCUGCUUCUGUCCUGGUCAUGAACUGCAAGAUCGGUCACCCCAUACUCAAGAGGUCAUCUGCAAACUUUUCAUUAGUUUGGCAGCUGGAGGAGAGCGCCUUUCCAAACAGGACAGCCGACAUCGCCAUAACAAUCACCAAUUCCAAUGAAAGAAGGUCUUUGGUCAGUAAGACCCACAGCCUUCAUUUCAAACAUGGCUUCAUUGCAGUUCUUUCCAAACCGUCAGUGACGUACAUCAACACAAGCCAGGGGCUUUCCCACCACAAAGAGUUCCUCUUCAACAUACAUGGGGAGAACCUCUUUGGAGCCGAGUUCCAGCUGCACAUUUGUGUUCCAGUUAAAUUACAAGGUUUCCAGGUCAUAAGAGUGAAGAACCUGACCAAGACUCAGGCUCACACUGUGUGCACCCAGAGUCCGGAGCGCGUUUGUGGGAGCGAACUGGUUCAGCAUGUGGAGGAAUGGCAUUCAGUGAGCUGUAACGUCACCUCGGAUAAAGAAAAUGUAACCGUGGCUGCAGAAGUCUCCUUGAGUCAGUCAGAACAGUUACGAAGAGACGUGACUGAGCUGCACAUCCUUGGUGAAAUAUCUUUCAACAAAUCUCUAUAUGAGGGGCUCAAUGCAGAGAACCAUAGAACUAAGAUCACUGUCAUCUUCCUGAAAGAUGAGGAGGCGUCUUCUCUGUCUCUCAUUAUUAAAAGCAGUGUUGGUGGCCUUCUGGUUUGGAUCGUGAUUGUAGUCACCCUAGUCAAGUGUGGCUUUUUUAAAAGAAAAUACCAACAACUGAACUUGGAGAGAAUUAGGAAGGCCCAGCUGAAAUCAGAGAAUCUACUGGAAGAAGAAAAUUAGACCAGCUUCCUCAUCCACUGGGAGAGAGUACCAACCAGUCCUGGAGACUUCUAGAGACUUGGUGUCGUGUGGAUUACUUUUCCUUUAGGAUGAUAGCAGAAUCCAGCACGUUGUUUUGUGGAAUGUUGUUUUUUAACCAUACAUUGUCCCCAGAGUGUCUGUGCAUUGUGCGAAAAUGAAACUUGGGAGACAUUUGGUAUUAAAUAAAACUGUUUUCUUUACAGAAGUGCCUUUAAUAUGCAAAUAUAAUAUACUUUGUGAUUCCCGCGCCCCCCCCCCAGAGGAGGUUAUGCAGUUAUACAGCAUUUCCCAGCCUUAUUUGCCUAAGAGUGCUUUUUUCCUGCUGUUUCUGUUAACAUCUUCCAAAAUAGUGUUCCACGAAGUAUAUCUUGGGGGACAGUGGUCGAAAGCAGCUCCUAGUUUGGCAUUUUCAGAUCCUAAGAUGUGGCCUAUCAUUUCAAAUGAGGCCACAAAAAAGCACCCCCAGAACAAAGGUAAAAAGUGGAAAAACGGAGGUCACCAAAACAGGAGCAAGGGAGGAGAGGAGGAGACCAGGACUUUGUUUUGUAGUGUCUACUCAGCAUCCUGCACCGA